CACAAAUAUAAUUUUCUUCAGAAGAAGAGCUAGACAACACAAACUAUGCAGUAUCUUUCCUCUCCAGUCAGCAUGACAGUCUCAACAGACCUUACAAGAAUGAAUAUAACACAGAACCCGACAUCGAUGGAGUUGCCCUUCUCAAACCUGGAAAUCGUUUUCAUUCUGAUUGCCUUUGUUGUGUUUUCCAUGAUCACAUUAGCGUCUAUCUACAGUGAGCCAGAAGAUGAAGCAAAAGAAAAAGAAGAUCUGUACCAGCAAUACAAGAGGCUCAAACACAAUUCAAAGAAGAAGAGCGAGAAGGUGUUUGUUUCAAUCCUGGAUAACGUGGUAUAAGAAACAGCAGCACCCUUAUAGUUUCUAGAGCCUUGCUUACAACUAACGACAGUCUUCAUGGCCUCCUUGUUGGAGCAAGAGGCACAGCCACAGAUCUGCUGGAAUUCAGAUGUGACUAUAAUGCUUGAUGGGGUGUGGGCGAAGGACAGCCUUUGUCACCUCUUCAGAAGGGGGAACAAGUAAUUUGUGCUGUGAACUGUGACCUUAUUGACCAAAUAGUCUUGCUUGCACCCAAAGAAACAUCAUUUUAAUAUUUAUGAACACACUGUUUGACUACAGCUAAAAUAAUAUACAUUGUACCAUAUUAAUUUGUAUGUAUUAUGCAACCUGUUUAGUGCUUUAUUUAAGAUACAGACAAGAAGGUUAUUUUAAAUUAUUUAAGCAAUAA